CAGAAAGGCAUUAGUACCAUAUACUCAUCUAUAUAUAUAUAUACAACUCACACAGUAACUACUAACCAAUUACUAUGACUUCUAUUGGUACGGGAUACGAUUUAUCAAAUAGUGUAUUUUCACCAGAUGGAAGAAAUUUCCAAGUUGAAUAUGCCAUGAAGGCAGUUGAAAAUGGUGGAACAUCAAUUGGGAUUAAAUGUAAAGAUGGAGUAGUAUUAGCUGUUGAAAAGAUUAUAAAUUCCAAAUUAUUAGUUCCAGGAAAGAAUAAAAGAAUUCAAACUAUUGAUAAACAUAUUGGAGUAGUAUAUUCUGGACUUUUACCAGAUGGACGUCAUUUUGUUAGUAGAGGUAGAGAUGAAGCUCAAACAUUUAAAUCAUUUUAUAAAACUCCUAUAUCAGUUCCUCAUUUAAUGGAUAGAUUAGGAAUUUAUGUUCAAAAUUAUACAUGUUAUAACUCUGUUAGACCGUUUGGAGUAGUAUCUAUUGUUGGAGGUAUAGAUUCCAAUGGUCCUCAUUUAUAUAUGAUUGAACCAAGUGGAACCAGUUGGGGAUAUUCUGGAGCUGCUACUGGUAAGGGAAGACAAACAGCUAAAUCUGAAUUAGAAAAAUUAGAUUAUGAAACUUUAACAGUAAGAGAAGCAGUUAAAGUAGCAGCAAAAAUUAUUCAUCAAGCUCAUGAAGAUAAUAAAGAUAAAGAUUAUGAAUUAGAAAUUUCUUGGAUUUCAUUAGAAGAGACUAAGGGACUUCAUCAAUUUAUACCUGAUGAUUUAUUAGCGGAAGCCAUUAAAUAUGCUAAAGAAGAUGAAGAUGAUGAUGAAGAAGAUGAAGAAAUGGAAUCGUAAUUAGAUCGAUAAAUAUACAUUAGUUGUAAUUAACAUGUAAGGUUAAGUAUUUAGUAGUAGUAAUAGUAGUAGUAGUAAAUUAUUAAG